AUCUAAUUCAUUUACCCUCCUUAUUUACAGCUUUAAUUGUUGUUGAAGGGUUACGUAACAGUCCAAAUUGUGCCAAGAAGAAGAAAUGCAGCAACCGAGAAAUUGUAAAGCAGCACCGGCGGUGGAUACAAUCAGUAGUUUACCGGAUUCGAUUCUGAGCCGCAUACUCUCUCUUCUUCCCAUCAAAGAUGCAGUUGCCACAAGCAUUCUGUCAAAGAGAUGGAUUCAUAUAUGGCACUUUGUGGACAGUAUCGACUUCGCUGACAUCGUCAUAGUGAAUAGCAUUGAAUCUAAUUUCAGUUUUAACCAGUUUAUGUACUCCGUUUUGCUCUCUCGAUACGCCGCUGACUCUCAUUUCAUCAAAAGUUUCAACCUCCAGAUUGAAUACAAUAACCCUAAUCUUGCCUAUAAUUUAGGGUUUCCCAAUGUCAACAAAUGGAUUAACCUUAUUGUUAAAGGUGGACUCAAGUAUCUUCGUCUCCAUCUCAAUGUAGGUGACGUUGAUGUUGGUGAUAGUGAUGAUGACAAAUUACCUAAAUUGCCAAUAGGUAUUCUUACUUGCAGAACACUAGUAAGUCUCGACCUGCUUCGAUUCCGUGUGAAGGAUUUCUCAUUUUCUUCUAUUGGAUUUGGAUUUCCAUCACUCAAUGUCCUUCAAUUGACGGAUAUAGUAUUUCAUCAAGUUCGAGAUUUUAUGUUGCUUCUGGCCGGAUGUCCGAUUCUUAAGUAUCUACAAGCGGAAGCUAUAUGCUUCUAUCGCGAGGAAGAGGAAGAUUCUCUUACCAUUCAAGAGUUUAAAAGCUUAAGCUUACCCAAAUUGGUUAAUGCAGAUAUCACUCAAUGUUGGUUUUCAUGUUUUCCUGUGAAUGCUCUUUCUAAUUCGGAGAUUUUGUGUAUAGACACUUACAUGUUAUGCACAAAAGACCACGGGGUGAAUCAGCAGCUAUGCCCUUGCAAUGAUAUUCCUAUCUUUCAUAAUUUGACCAAAUUGGAGCUCCAUGAUAGGUUGGAAUUGGUACUGCUAGUGCUCCAACACUGUCCUAAGCUUCAAAAACUUGAACUUAAACAGGAGAUAUAUGAUCUAGCGGGGAAUGAAGAUGGUCAGCAAAAUUGGGUUGAACCAGAAUUUGUCCCACAAUGCCUUUCAUCAUACCUUAGAACUUGCAGUAUUCAUAUCAUUUUAAGCUUACCAAGUGUUGACUUACUACAAAGUGAGCUUAUGUUAGCAAAAUAUAUUUUGAAGAAUGCAAGAAAUUUACAAACCAUGAAAAUCUGGAACAUUCAUCCUGAAAUAGAAAGAAAAUUGUCCACAUGCCCAAAGGCCUCUGCAACAUGUCAACUUUUAUUUUAUCGAUGAUAAUAUAUAGACUGUGUAAAUUGUAGUUUCUCUAUCCUGCUUGUUGUUUCAUUAGCUUCUACUCUGCAACUGUUUGAUUUGGUGAUUUGAACUUUGAACGAUGAGCUAUUAUGGAGGUCAUGACUUUAUCACUGGAGAAAAUUAUCUUUAAAUGAUUUAGUUAGUACUUAUCUACCCUA